CCAACCUUUCGUUUCGUCUUUUUCCCGCCUCGUCUAUCCAGACCCAAAAGUCUACCAAACCUCAUUCAUUUUUCCCUUCUCUUUCCUCCCCCGCCACCCUCUCUUACUCACCCUCCCCCAUAUCCAAUCCGAAUCAUUCUGACUUUCCUUUUCUCAUCCUAGUCCUUACCUUACCGACUUUCUAUCCCCUCUUGUCAUUCCUUUUCCCGCACGCUUUCUGGGUGCUACCUCCCCUCCCUUUCCUUUCCACUAACCCACCCCUUCUUCUCCCCAAUCUCUUGCUUUUCGACGCUGUCUUCGUCCUCAAUUCUCGCCUGGUCCAAGUCCUUGGCUCCUCCCUGCCAAGCUGACUCGGACCUGGGUGUUAGGCUCCCUCGUCCAUGCCACGUUCAUCGGCCACGGCUAGGAAGAGUCAUAGCAAUCGGCAUGAGAAUGGUAUCGUCGGUCCCGGAAAGAAAGUGAACAAGCAAAAAUCCAAUGGAAAUUUGAAUGGGAACUCGAACGGCACCUCUGCCCCGAACACUGGUCCCUCCACUCAAGUCGACUGGCCCGCAUCUCGCUCUUCCAGUGACUCGGUUCUUAUUUCGACGCAAGCGACAGCAAACAAACUCAACGGUACUACGGAAACUUCGAAGGUGGAUGGAAACGGGCGUGGCUUGUUAAACGGUUAUGCUAAGGGUAACGCGGACAUGUCUUAUGGGCAGACGAAUGGCGCCGUGCCCCAAAAUGGCGCACUCGCCAGCCAAGCGUCGCGUCGGACGGAGAAGCCGGCGACCGGUUCGAAGAGGUCGAGCUCUAUCAAUCCACUCCAGCUAGCUUCGACCAUCCUCAAGUCUUGCCCGAUGUACGACACCAUCGCCAUCCUCAUCUUUCUCCUGCAGCUGCCGCCUAUGGUUCUCACUUUGGUUCAGUUCCUAUUCGCUUCCCUGACCUUCAUGCCUCCCAGCGGUGCAUCGUCUGGCUCCUUGACAUCCAACUUCGACAUCUUCCAGGGUCCUGCCGGAACACCAUCUCUCGGUACAAUGAUCGCCAUGGAUGGGUUCUGCUUGCUUUUCUGGGGUCUUUUCAUGUGGACAUGGGCGCAGAACUUUGCGCUCGAUCUCGCUCACGUGCAAGUUGCCAUCACGCUAGGUGGAGGAGGGUCGGGAAAGAAUGGAGGGGUCAAUGCCCUUUGCGUUGGCAUUGUUCUCGUAUUACAUCUUAUCCGCAGUAAAGGUAUACAGGAUUUUGUUCUAGGUCACCUGCUCUCCGCAAAGAUAGUCUCGCCCGAUCUCUUAUCGCAAUACUCGCAUCUCAUGCCGCCCGAGUUUCGGCGCACGGAACCACAAAGCUCUCCAAGCUGGAUGCGCAGCCUUCUUGCGGUUCACAUCCUGGCACAGGCAGGCACCGCCAUGGCGAGAAGAUCGAUGGCCAAAAACCGUUCUCCGGCUCCACCUCGAAAUGGCAAGCGCGUUGAUACCGAAGCGUCUGCCGGAUCGCAAACACAAAUUGAUUCCGCCUUCGAGUCCGGGGCUAGCGUCUCCUCCUAUAUUGGUGCCGAUGGCCAAAUCGUUACGCCCGCAACCCAUAAAGAUGGCAGAGAUAGACUUAUUUCGGCAAAGAAACGCAGAAGGCAGGCCAACCAGGUCCGGAGCCGUCAACCCUUUUGGGCAGCACUCGCGAGCACGAAGGUGACGGUGAUGAGGGAAUAUGAGCAUUCUAGGGCUUUGAACAAGACUGGUAGGGGGCUUACGAUGACAGAAGAAGAUCUUCAGGGCAUUUCGUUGGACGAUGGACUUGUUUGGAUAACCGAAGUCGAUAGCUCUACUAUCAAGUUUGCCGCGGGGGAUUUUGCCUCACUUGAUGAUCCCGCUGUCUCUGGAGUCUGUGAAACAGGGCGUCUGGGCAACGAAGAAACGGAACCUUUCUAUGUCUGUGUCAACGGCGCAUUGUGGGCGACCGCAACUAUCACCAAAGUACAGGAUGCCCCCAAAGGGUCGAACACGGUACACUGGCGGGGUGAGGUCUCAGGGCUCGCUCCUAACUGUGCCUACACUUGCUCCUUCAUGCGGACCGAUACUGAUGAAGAGAUCUGUGUCAUGAGCGUCAAGACUCCUGCUGCAACUGACGCGGAACAAGUCUCUUCAGUCCCCACUCCGCCACAACCGUCUUAUCGCCCGUCGUCGCCAACCACCACUCUCAAGAAUUCGAUCGUCAAUGCCGAGGUCAAGCUGAAUGAAAAACGUGCUCGGUUAAGGAAAGCUAAAAACGACCACAAGCUAGUUAUAUCGAAGAUCAAGAAAGAGCUGGAUAACUACAACCAUCGUCUGCAAAGUGGUACCGAUGAAAACCGACAGAAACAGCGCUCGCUGCAGCUCGAAAGAAACAUCAAGCAAACCGAAGAAGCCACGGCCGCCCUCGAAAGCCAACUCGACAAUCUGGAAAAUAUUCCCGAGGAGGAGCUUGAGGAAUGGACAAGCCAGAAGGCCAAGUUCGAUCAAGAGUUGGAACAACUCAACUUGGCCAAGGAAGAGCUCGUUGCUGCGCGGUCUGCUGUUGCUCGUGAGGUGUCGUCAUUGGAGUCGGAGUUGAACUCUGCCAUUCAGAGAAAAGAACGUCUUCAGGGCCGUCGCACAAGGGUCAAUGAGCAAUACGAGCGGAUUGUCUCUGCAAAUGCGCAAGGUCUCAACGAGAGGGAACGUCGUGCUGCCGAACAGUUUGCUAGGGAACAAGACCAGGCAAAGUUGGAGGCCAAUUUCAACGACCAAUUCACGAGCAUCAGCCAUUCUGUACAGGAUUAUCAACUGCGUACCAAUCAAUUGUGGCAGCAAGCUGCGGCUAUUGAGCAAGCCAUUCAACAGCAGCAGCAGAUACUCUUGGAUUCUGCCCCGCUUACUCCUGAAGGGAACCUGCCGGGCACGAAUUCUCUGACCGAGACGUCCGGCAUGUCUUUGGGGUCCUUGACGACGACUGCGCCCAGCACCCGAUCUCUUUUGGGACUGAGUUUCCCCGCACUGAAAUCCAGUCCGCUGCAGCAUGCGUCGUCCCCGGCCGGUGCCAUUUCGUCUCGCCCGGCCAGCCCGAUCCAGGUUCCAUAUUUGCAGCACUUCCCAACUUCUCCUCUUGGCAACACCGGCACUUACUUCGACACGGACUUUACCUACCGUGACCGGUCUUUCUCGAACCGAUCCGCGCGGAGCAGUCUCUACGGUGCAGAUUUCUUGGACUCCAACCGUCGGGGUCCCUUCCAGCUCGAUCUGUCCGACACGGUCGCCGAGAAGCGGAUGGAUUCGGGCUCUGAGGGGGUGACUCCAAACCCAAUCAUGAGACCCAUCUCCACCCCGUUUCAGCGGACGGACAGUCGUGGCAGUGGCAGUGGGAGCGGGAGCAGCGGUGCAAGCGGCAGUGGAAGUGGCAGUCCCAGCUCAGCAGGUGGUAAGGGCAACUAG